CAUUAAUUUACGGAGAUCUGGGGAAUUCGACUUCACGUACGUCGCAUAGUACUCCCACCGGAGUUCUCGCCGGAGAACCGUAUUUGACAUAAUGAUCAAAAUGGCGAUUCCGAAAACAAUAUUUCUCUUUUGAUGUGCUACUUCACGUGGAGCUUUCUAAUUAUUUUUCGCGUUCGUCAUAGUAGAUUUUUAGUCAGCCAAGCGCAGAAUGCCGAGAUUACGCUAAUCCUCAUGUAUCUAUAAUAUAUCAGACGAAUGAAUUCUCAAAUUGGUGGAACAAAACUAAUUUGCCGCACUUUGAUUCUUUGCCAAUUGUAAUAAGUGCAACUGCAACUUACGCCUGUAUUAUCGUAUAUAAAAGAGAUAGCAUUUGGUAAAAUUAAAAAUGCAAACAAUAAAGUGUGUAGUAGUUGGAGAUGGAGCAGUUGGUAAGACUUGUUUAUUAAUCUCUUAUACCACGAAUAAAUUUCCAUCGGAAUAUGUUCCGACAGUAUUUGACAACUAUGCAGUCACUGUCAUGAUUGGUGGUGAACCAUAUACAUUAGGAUUGUUUGAUACAGCAGGUCAAGAAGAUUAUGAUCGUUUACGUCCAUUAAGUUAUCCACAAACUGAUGUAUUUCUUGUAUGCUUCUCAGUUGUGUCACCAUCAUCAUUUGAAAAUGUUAAAGAAAAGUGGGUACCAGAAAUAACGCAUCAUUGUCAAAAAACGCCAUUUUUAUUAGUCGGUACACAAAUUGAUUUACGAGAUGAUGCAGCCACGAUUGAAAAACUAGCAAAAAAUAAACAAAAGGCUAUUUCGAGUGAACAAGGAGAAAAGCUUGCUAAGGAAUUAAAAGCCGUAAAAUAUGUUGAAUGUAGUGCUCUUACACAGAAAGGGCUUAAAAAUGUCUUCGAUGAGGCAAUAUUAGCAGCUUUAGAGCCUCCAGAACCUAUUAGAAGAAGAAGGUGUAUUAUUUUGUAGAAGCCUUAUAUGCGGCCAAAGGAUCGAAUCGGGUAUGCGAAGUACGCGGA